UGGGGCCCCCAUGCAAUAGGGGAUCAUGGGGCCCCUGUGUCCUUGCCCAAACUCAAAAAAGCCUAUGAAAAAGGUACCAGGGGCAUCUCAUGGGGCCCCUUGCUGACCCCGGGCCCUCGGGCAGUACCCAAGUUUCCAAAUGGUCAGUCCGCCCCUGGUGAAAGGGACUAAACUUCAGAGGGCUCCAGGGGCAGACUGACAACUCAUGGGGCCCCCGGGCAAUAGGGGAUCAUGGGGCCCCUGUGUCCUUGCCCAAACUCAAAAAAGCCUAUGAAAAAGGUUCCAGGGCAUCUCAUGGGGCCCCCUACUGACCCCGGGCCCUCGGCCAGUGCCUGAGUUUCCAAAUGGUCAGUUCACCCCUG